GAGUGUGUCCAUAGUGUGUGUGUGUUUCUCUGCAUUGGGCAUUGUGAUACCAGAGUAUCAGAUCAGACAGGGAUGGCAAAAGUUGACCUAUUUCUCCUCUUAAGUGUGAUGCUGCUAGACUGCCGGCUGGGCUGGGGAGCCCCAGUGUUCCUGUCGGGCCAGGCAGCAGACAGCGUGCUGAGGAGACAGAGGCGCCACAACACAGGGAUGUUCGAAGAGCUGUUAUGGGGGAACCUGGAGAGAGAGUGUCUGGAGGAGAGGUGUGACCUGGAGGAGGCCAGGGAGACCUUUGAGAAUGAAGAGAAGACAAUGGAGUUUUGGGUCGGUUAUGAAGAUGGGGACCAGUGUAAGUCAUCCCCCUGUCUGAAUCAGGGCUCCUGUAAAGACCAGAAGGCCUCCUAUACCUGCAGCUGUCUACGAGGCUUCACUGGGACGAACUGUGAGAUAGUAACAGCCAGGCAGUGUGAGAUAAAUAAUGGAGAAUGUAUGCACUUCUGUGAGAGCCUGGGCACCUUUGGGGCAGAGUGUAGUUGUGCAGAGGGCUACAAGCUGGCACAGGAUGGAGUCAACUGCAAACCUAAAGUGGCGUUCCCUUGUGGCAGAGACAGGCGGACUGUGAUCGCAGAAAUGUCUAGGAGAUCAUUACUGGCCCUGCAGAAUACAACAUCAGAUGCCAACGUCACCCCAGCCCCAGUCAAUACCACCACAGCCCCUCCUCCCAGAACCACAGCCUCUAGAAUAGCCCCGUCUCGCAUCAGGCGGCCCCUCAGGGUGUAUGGUCCUCAGCACACCAGGCUCCCCGUCGAAGAAAACAACUCCAGAACACGUAUUGUAGGUGGCAACACAGUCACCCCUGGAGACAUCCCAUGGCAGGCAGCUCUGGUGCAGAGGCCCAGUGGUCAGGUGUUCUGUGGGGGCUCUAUCCUCAGUCAGUUGUGGGUCAUCACUGCUGCCCACUGUCUGGUGGAGGGACAGCAGGGAUCCUUUUUCGUCAGAGUGGGGGAGCAUAACAUCUAUGCCAUAGAGGGCAUGGAGCGGGACCACGAGGUGUCGAAGCAGUACAAACAUCCGCUCUAUGACUCCCAGCAGAGUCUGUACAACCACGAUAUCGCCCUGCUGCGCCUCCACACCCCCAUCACCUUCUCCUCCCACACCAGACCCAUCUGCCUGGGGCCCAAGGUCUUCACCGAGGACCUGGUGAAGGAUCAGUCCCCGGCUACGGUCAGCGGCUGGGGUCGCACACGCUUCCAGGGGGCCACGUCUCACACAUUACAGAAGGUAGAGGUGCCAUUUACAGAGAGGACACAGUGUAAGGAGAGCAGUAGUGCCCGUAUCACCAAGUAUAUGUUCUGUGCCGGCUAUGCUCACGUGGCCAAAGACUCGUGCCAGGGGGACAGCGGGGGUCCCCAUACCAACCGUUACCAUGACACCUGGUUCCUGACAGGGAUAGUGAGCUGGGGGGAGGAGUGUGCCAAGGAUGGGAAGUAUGGGGUGUACACCAGAUUGUCGCAUUACUAUAGAUGGAUACGUCAAGUCAUGUUAAUGACCAAGCGCAUGCUGCAUGACGUCCUGGAUGACUAAACCCUGACCUUUGACCCUUAGGGCCCACGCUGGCCUGUUUUGUUCCAGGUCUUAUGGGGGUUCAAUCAAAAGAUGUGUCCAUUUGGUAUUCAAAGAGAGAGCUUCAUCUUGCAGCUUCUUACAUCCAUCUGCUGGUGAAGAUACACUUUACAUGAUAGAGACCUGUAUGGCGAACAGAUGCCUAUGCCUACUGAACAUAUAUUACACUUAUUCAGAAAACCAAAGCUAUAAUUUACUGGCAAAUGGCUGUAUGCAAGCAACUAACACUGCUUUAUGGUAUUCUACUAUAGAAAAAAACAAACUCUAAGGCGUAGAACAAACCUGUAUUAUUUCAAUAAAUACUUUAUUUGUUCUAUAUACAAUACUGAAGCUGUAUAAAAAAGCAGCCAAUCAACAACAAUGACUGUAGAGCAAUAAUACAAACCUGAAACCUGC